CACUGACACACCCUCUUCUUAUUCUACAAAGAUCUUGCCAUUGGACUUAGAUCGCUUCUUUACAUUACCUCUCUUAGCGUACGCCACGCCACUAAAUAUUCGUGCACCGAUUUAACCCCUCCAGCCUCCCCAGUACUUCAGAGCGGGGCAUUGCAAGAGCUGCCGCGUAGCAAACAUGUCUCCAGACGAGGCAAAGAAGAAGAUAUUGCCGGUGGAAGGCGAGAGGAAUAUCCUCAUUACGUCGGCUCUACCGUACGUGAAUAACGUGCCCCAUUUGGGAAACAUUGUCGGAAGUGUUCUCUCCGCCGAUGUCUUCGCUCGAUACGCUCGUGCUCGGGGCUACAAUACCCUUUAUGUCUGUGGUACCGAUGAGUACGGUACUGCCACUGAGACCAAGGCAAUAGAAGAGAACAUCACGCCGCAGCAGCUCUGCGAUAAAUACUACGCUCUACACUCGGACGUUUACAAAUGGUUUCAAAUCUCCUUCGACCACUUCGGCCGGACGCCGACACAGCAGCAAACAGACAUUGCGCAGGACAUCUUCAACAAACUUUACAAAAACGGCUAUCUGGAGGAGAAGACAACGACGCAGCCGUACUGUGAGACACAUAAAAGCUUCUUGGCGGAUCGCUUUGUCGAGGGCGAGUGUCCGCUGUGUCACUAUGAGGAUGCGCGGGGAGACCAAUGCGAUAAGUGCGGCCAUCUGCUGGAUCCACUGGAGCUCAUCAACCCAAGAUGCAAACUGGAUCGCGCGACGCCAGUACCUCGAGAGACUAAACACGUAUACUUAUGUUUAGAUAAGCUACAACCUCUAGAGGAGGAGUGGUUUAAAAGAAGCAGCGAAGAGGGCAAGUGGAGCUCAAAUGGUAUCCAAAUCACAUCUAGCUGGUUGAAGGAAGGUCUCCAUCCACGAGGCAUCACGCGGGAUCUCAAGUGGGGAACAGCUGUUCCACUAGAAGGGUACGAAAAAAAGGUCAUGUACGUGUGGUUCGAUGCCUGCAUCGGCUACGUCUCCAUCACAGCGACAUACACAGAAGAGUGGGAAAAGUGGUGGCGGAAUCCCGAGCAAGUGAAGCUCUACCAAUUCAUGGGCAAGGAUAACGUGCCCUUCCACACCGUUGUCUUCCCUUGUAGUCAGAUUGGUACCAAGGAUAAGUGGACUAUGCUGAACACGAUAUCAACGACCGAAUACCUCAACUACGAAAAGGGCAAGUUCUCAAAGUCCCGCAACAUCGGUGUUUUCGGCAACAACGCGAAGGACACAGGUAUCCCGGCAGACGUAUGGCGGUACUACCUCCUCUCUCACCGACCAGAAACAGGUGAUUCCGAAUUCGAAUGGGACGGCUUCAUUGCAGCAAACAACAACGAGCUACUCAACAAUCUAGGUAAUUUUGUCAACCGCGUCAUCAAGUUCGUCAACUCGAAAAUCUAUGACUCUAAGAUUCCGGACUACACCAAAUUCUCAGAUCCGUAUUUUGACGAGCAUAAGAAGAAGGUGAAUGAGGUUCUCAAGAAGUAUAUCGAUGAACUGGAGAAUGUUAAGAUCAAAGCUGCCCUCAUGACCACCAUGAUCAUGUCGAGUCUCGGAAACACAUUACUGCAAGACAACAAGCUAGACAACAAGCUAGCAACUGAGCAGCCUGAGAGGUGUGCAGCAGUUGUCGGGUUAGCAUUGAGCCACAUCCAUCUUCUGGCGAGUUUGAUUCAACCAUACAUGCCCGCAACAACCGACCUCAUCCUUCAGCAACUCAACACCACCUUCCUCAUCAUUCCAGACCUCUGGGAAGCCAAAUCCUUGCCUGUCGGCCACACCAUUGGCAAGGCAGUUUACCUUUUCUCCAAAAUCAAACCUGAAAAAGAGCAAGAAUGGAGAGAGCAAUUUGGUGGCGAUGAAGCGCGGAAAGCGAAGGAGGAAAAAGCCGCGAAAGCUGCGGCGAAGAGAGCGGAAAAGGAGCGUAAGAAAGCCAAGAAAGCUGCAGCGAAGAUCGGUGAGGGGGUGGAGAGUGCGGAGAAAGGAGGUCAGGGAGAGCAGCCGGUGAGUGGGACCGUAGUGGAGGAGGUCAUGGAUGGGGUUAAGCAAGUGAGUUUGCAAACACCAUAGUGCGCAUAUUUGCCUGACAAAGAUGUCAACGUGUGAAAUUUGGGUGGGUGGAAUUGUAGGCCUGUGGAGUGUGGGACUCGGAAUCAGGGCUCGGGGUUCACAAAUGUUGUUUGGAGAUCUGUGGGCGGAAUCUGGACUGUUCUGAGGUGGAUGUACGGGAUCGUGAUUGAUGAAGUAGAAAUGCAGUUCGAGCUGCUAUGAACACCCUUUGUGAAGUGGUCGGGUCUUUGGAUGAUGAACUCUAAGGCUAGUGAGGGUUUGGCCUCUUCAACACGUAUAGACAUGCAUACGCUGUAGAGAAAGGAUAAAAAAAAAAUGGUCUGG